GAGGGCCGCGCCCGUGCCCGCGCCGUCCUCCCUCCGGUAGGUCUCGGUCCCAUCACAGCCACAGCCUCAGCCGGGGGCAGCGCGCGCAGGUUUCUGGGGGUCCCCGAGCGCCGCGUCUGGGAGCAUGAUCGUGGACAAGCUGCUGGACGACAGCCGUGGCGGAGAGGGGCUGCUGGACGCUGCUGGGGACGGCGGCCUCAUGACCAGCCCGCUCAACUUGGCCUACUUCUACGGCGCGUCGCCGCCUGCCGCGGCCCCGGGCGCCUGCGACGCCAGCUGUUCCGCGUCGGGGCCCUCGGCGCCCGGAUCGCCGGGUUCUGACUCGUCCGACUUCUCCGUCUCGUCAGCGUCCUCCUGCGGGGCGGUGGAAACCCGGCCGAGAGGCGGCGCCCGAGCCGAGCGGCUGCAAGUUGAGCCCCAUAUGGGGGUUGGAAGGCAGCAGAGAGGACCCUUUCAAGGUGUUCGAGUGAAGAACUCAGUGAAGGAACUCCUGCUGCACAUCCGAAGUCACAAACAGAAGGCUGCCAGCCAAGCCACGGAUGAUUUUAAGACCCAAGGUGUGAACAGAGAGCAAUUCACAGAAUUGACAAACACGGUGUUACAUAGUAGGAAAAGGAAAGGACCUGACUCGCUGUCUGAUGGACCAGGUUGCAAAAGGCCAGCUUUGCUGCAUACCCAGUUUUUGACACCACCUCAAACGCCAACACCUGCGGAGAGCAUGGAAGAUGCUCAUCACAGUGAGCCCAAACCGGACAGCAGUGCCGAUCUGCUUCAAAACAUUAUCAACAUUAAGAACGAAUGCAACCCAGUUUCCCUGAAUACAGUCCAAGUUAGCUGGGUGAGCCCUGUGGGGGUCCCUCAGAGCUCUCCCCGAGAGCAGUGUCAGGACUUCCAUAGAGGGCAGGUCUUCAGUCCACCUCAGAAGUACCAACCGUUCCAAGUCAGCAGCUCCCCGCACAUGAUGGAUCAGGCUUCCAUGUACCAGUAUUCUCCACAGAACCAGAACGUGCAGCAGCAGCCGCAGCCUUAUACCCACAAUCCACCUCUGGAAUACAGUCCCUAUUCCAGAACGUCCCAGUCCCCCAGCUAUGAACCCAACGUCUUUGAUAACCAAGAACUACAGUUCUGCCCAAACCAAAGUUUUGCAUCCCUUCUAAACAGUCAUGGGGAAUGUGAGAACGUUACUAUUCCUGUUCAGACUUCCCCCAGUAUUCAGCAACAGCAUGAUGCCCACGUGCAAAACUUCAGCAUGAUGCCACACAGUGCCUGUGAGGCCAUGGUGGGGCAUGACGCAGGGUCUCUGCCGUUAAGCAGUUCGCUGCCAUUCCAGAACAUUAUCGGAAAUCCAAUGAACACCACACAGUUAGGGAAGUCAUUUUUUCAGUGGCAAGUGGAGCAGGAAGAAAGCAAAUUGGCAAAUAUCUCCCAAGACCAGUUUCUUUCAAAGGAUGCAGAUGGUGACACAUUCCUCCAUAUUGCAGUUGCCCAAGGGAGAAGAGCACUUGCCUAUGUCCUUGCAAGAAAGAUGAAUGCCCUUCACAUGCUGGAUAUUAAAGAGCACAAUGGACAGAGUGCCUUUCAGGUGGCAGUGGCUGCCAAUCAGCAUCUCAUUGUGCAGGACCUGGUGAACCUUGGGGCCCAGGUGAACACCACCGACUGCUGGGGAAGAACCCCUCUGCACGUCUGUGCUGAGAAGGGCCACUCCCAGGUGCUACAGGCAAUUCAGAAGGGUGCAGUGAUGAGCAGUCAGUUUGUGGAUCUCGAGGCAACUAACUAUGAUGGCCUGACUCCUCUGCACUGUGCGGUCAUCGCCCACAACGCUGUGGUGCACGAACUCCAGAGAAAUCAACAGCCCCAUUCACCGGAAGCUCAGGAGCUUUUACUAAAGAAUAAGAGUCUGGUUGACACUAUUAAGUGUCUGAUUCAAAUGGGAGCAUCAGUGGAAGCUAAGGAUCGUAAAAGUGGCCGCACAGCCCUGCAUUUGGCAGCUGAGGAAGCAAAUCUGGAACUCAUUCGCCUCUUUUUGGAGCUGCCCAGUUGCCUGUCUUUUGUGAAUGCAAAGGCUUACAAUGGAAACACUGCCCUGCACGUUGCUGCCAGUCUGCAGUACCGCCUGACCCAGCUGGACGCGGUCCGCCUGUUGAUGAGGAAGGGAGCAGACCCAAGCACUCGGAACUUGGAGAACGAACAGCCAGUGCAUUUGGUUCCUGAUGGCCCUGUGGGAGAACAGAUCCGACGUAUCCUGAAGGGGAAGUCCAUUCAGCAGAGAGCUCCACCGUAUUAGCUCCACUGACCUGGAGCCUGGUGGGCAACACUCACUGUCAGUUAGGCAGUCCUGAUAUAUCUGUACAUAGACCAUUUGCCCUGUAUUGGCAAAUGUAAGUUGUUUCUAUGAAACAAAUAUAUUUAGUUCACUAUUAUAUAGUGGGUUAUAUUAAAAGAAAAGAAAACUAUUAAUUCCUCUUGGCAGAUUUUCAUAUUUCAUACCCAGGUAUCUGGGAUCUCUAGACAUCUGAACUUAAUAUGAAUGGUAAAAUUAAUUUCAAUUAAUAGUAGCUUUUGGUUAGGAAGAGGCUUUGAUUUGUGGCAUAAAGCAUUACUCAGACAGCUAUUGCCGAUUUAAAAGCCGGUAAAUUGUAAACAUUCUUUAAAGAAAAAUGAAGGCAUUUGGAAGGAAAAAAGAAAUCUGGAUGUACCGUUGAGGCUUUGUUUUGGUAUGUUGCAGUACCUGGUAGUUACUGGCUUGAAAAGUCUCUAGCCAUUGGACUAGAUGAAAGAUACCGUGGUUAAAAUUUGAUUUGAUUUUUCAAGCUGUAUAUAAUGGUUAUUUUUGUCUUUUAGAAUAUUUGUGCAUGUUUUGUCAUUAACAUGGCUGCAUUCGAAAUGUGUAAAUCAAUAAAAUAGAAAAGAACAAGUAAAAUGUCACUAUUUUAAAAAAUAGCACACAUUAAAAGGAGCUCUGGCACCAGCUACAGUCUAGUAGAUGAAGCAGAUGGAGAACUGUUUCCCUAGGGGCUGACAGAUUUCUGUUUAAAUUUUAAAUAUGCUUUCUCUCAUGCACUGAAAUGAGACAUUUGUAGAGAUCGCAUGUUCUUACAGAGAACACCUCUCUCUGGCUCACUUUCUAGAAUUAAUAAUUCACUUGUUCCGUUAGGAAUUUUGUUUUACUGUUAUAAAAACAACAAAAAGUCAACAUCGAAAUGUGUCUCACUGGGUUUCCAUGUCAGAUAAUGACAAUGCGCCAUGAUGUUUCUAUAUAACCAGAAAAAAGUCCUUUAUUUUUUAGUGAAACUUAAUUCUGUUAAUACUAUUUUGCUUACCUCUGGUGUACCCUGAGGAACAUACUCGGAUUUGAUUGCACACUAAUUCUUUGUAUACAUUCGAUUUAGUAAAAACUUUUUGUUUUUAGAUGAGAAGUUUCACAAGCAACUGACUGAUCAUUUUUGUAGUUUAAAUCCUAUUUAAAAAGAUAACUUUUGAAUUGAUCACUUUGUUUGAUCCAGUAUGUCUUGUGGACAGAAGUUAUAGUUAUUUGGUAUCUGUAAAUAUGGUUAUGAAAUGAAACAGUGUUUACACUCAUGGAAAAACUCAUGCAUGAUUUAAAAUAAACAUUAAUUCAGUAA